AUGGAUGCAAAAUGGAUUCCAUAUCGGAUCUCGUGGCAUUUUGCCCUGAUCCUCGAAUUGACCUGCAUUGAUUCACUUCGCGACUCAGACUUUGACUUCCGCACGCUUACGAUGCUCGGCACGCAAGUUUUUCGAAAGAGGAGUGCCCAGAGAUCUGCACUUCGCCUUCGGGCCGCAGUGGUUCCUACGAGCUGCACGGAGAAGUACUUCGUGAGCGCCAACUGUGCAGAUGCCUCGGCCGAUUCUAGCCCAAAGGCCAACGUGGUGCCCUGGAUCGAUGCCGAGGACCCGGUGAAUGGCUCCUUCGUGGCAGUCUUCGUGGACCCCGUCCUUAUUAACAAGAUUCGUGCUGGGACGCCGGACAAAGCCAAGCUCUGUGCAGCUCAGAGCGACGAUACCCAUUGCGUUUGCAAGCUGAGUGGCGAACGGCCGCUGGGCGUGCUGGGUCGCAUGUUGGCGGCACUUCCCCACUCCAAGAAAGCGCAGGCGCUGCAGCGGAUUUCCAUGGAGAACUGCCCGGAGGGGGUGCCGGACCUCCUGGCUGGCACGGUGCUGGCAAGCCUCGUGCUGAUUCUUGGGGUGUCCGUCUGGAUGCUGUGCAUGUCUGCGGCAAGCGAGAGGCUGCAGGAGCCCGUGGCGCCCCUUCAGAGUCUUGCGGAGGUGAAGAGCCCGAUGCAGAACUUCCUCAGCAGCUUCUCCUGGGCAGCCGGCUUUCUCCUCUCCCUGAUGGCCUUGCAAACCGGCGCCUUGGCAGUGGUCCGGAAGUCCUCCGAAGAGGCGCCCGUGUGGAUCGUCGCGGCCGGCCCCGUGGCUCUGGCGCUUGCGGCUGCCCUGCGCCUUUCGCAGCUUCUCGCGAAGAAGCAGUUGGUGCACGCGUUCCUGAAGUGGGAUGUGAUCAUCACCGAUUUGCCGGAUGACGUUAUCCUCGAUGCAAUGCUCGUGGUCGCAAUCCUGGCGUACUUCCUCUUCAUCCUCUACCUCGUCAGCAUCGACCUGCAGACACUGGUGGUCGCCUUGACAGCUCUGGGCAGCGCAUUGUGGACCGUCCUCAAGGCCGUUAGCACUGCGCGGGACCUGGACCAAGGCUUAAAGCUCGUGGAGAUCAACUCCGCAUCCCUGGUGAAGAGCACGGAAAGGCUGAACAUGAAGCCGCUGCCCUGGGCAAAAUUGCUCGCGCUCAGCGACGAGGAGGAGCUUCGCAAGCUCUUGGAGUCGGACUCCGGCACCGGAUCCACGUUGCCUUCCUCGACUGCAUCGUCCCGCAGAUGGAGCUUGACAUCCGUGGCUCGGCAGGGGCCCCUGCUCCGUUUCUUGAGCCGCUCCCGAGCCGGCUUCCUCGUGUUGCCAGCCUUCUUGGCCCUGGUGGCGUUCUCGUGCUGCGUCUCCGCCGGGCACAUGACGGCCUACGCCUGUUCGGUCGGGGAGCUCGCGGACCUGAAGCUGGCCAGCUCCUUGCACUCCCUGGAGUUCUUGCCGUGGCAGACCCGUUACGAAGUCGCAAGCGACGUGUCCUUCACGAAACUGGGCGCGGCAGUCGAAGAGAUCCAGCUGUCGCACCGGCAAGUCCCGCGCGUGGCCACCAUCCGCGUCCAGGGCCUCCGUCCAUCUCGGCCCGAAACCACGUAUGAAGUGCGCUUCUCGCCAUCGGCGACGAUGCCGGCAGCCCUCCGGAUCACCGCCCAGGAGUUCCAGAGAACCAUCGCCUGGUCUUCCUUGCCCGGAUCGGUCUUCAGCAUCCCAGAAGGUCUCCAAGACUUUCGCUUCGAAGUGCAGCUUGCCGACUUCCUCCUGGGCCUGCCGAGGCCCCGCAGCCACGGACCCGCUGCUCUGGGUCAGCUUUGGACGACUUACAAUGACCGCCCGAACGCGACGGAGCAGAGCUGCUCUGCGGACUGUGGCCACGACCUGGCAUGCCUCGAGUCCUACGUCGGACCAGGAGGCUGCUACGCAGUCCUUGCCGACAGGAAAGGCUUGGAAUCGGGCGACCUCCCCCAGAAUCUUUCAACCUCACUGAAAGCUGCAGAGCAGAAUCUCACGGGCCGCUUGAGCGGGUGUCGGCUGGAGGAGGUGCGAGUCGCUGGAGAGGCAGAGGAGGCCAAGCGAGGCAAGACGACACAGUGCAGCGACGAAGUGGAGAUGAAGCCAGGCCAGCUCCAGCUCCCCUUCGGCAGAGUGCAGCCAGACUGGGCCUUCCGCCUCGCCACCCUCAGCUUCGCAUUGGAGCUGGAGACGGGAGGCCAAAAGUUCGAGGCCGAGGCCACGCCCAUCUCCUUCAGGCAGGGGACGCCCCCUCCAAGCGAUGCGAUGGCCAUGCUCGUAGGACAGAACGCCAGCGGCAGCUUCGUGCUGAAGACCGAGAGCUCCCUGGACGUGCAGGGAAACGUGGUCAUCUCCGUCUCGAAGUACGACCCGCUUGCCUUUGACACGCUUCGCUUGCUCGUGAUGCCGAUGCUGCCGGACCCCGCCUUCCGAGCCAACUGGUCCGAGUGGUCUCCAGCCACUAAGGCAGACCUGCAGGUCCUGCAAAGGCACGGGCGCUGCUUGGAGAGCGGGUUGAUCAGGUGGCGCUAUAGCAUCUGUGGUGCCUACCACGGCUCGAACGACAGCUCAGCCCUCGGAGAUGAGCCACUUGCCGUGCAGAUAAACCCAAUCCUGGGCCAGAUGGAGGCCGCUCCCCAGUUCACAGUGGUGGUCCGCCAGAAGGCGCGGGAGUGGGGGUUUUCGUCCUCACAUCGGCACACCGUGGUCAUGCAGUACGAGGCGGUUGACAGCCCGGCUGCCUGGGCAGCUCAGCUGCACGGAUGUUCGCUCCUGAACGUGAGCACCAUAGCCGAAGGCGCCGUCCUUGCGUCCGCUGAUGGGCUAUGUGAACUGCUCGCCAGCUGCCAUGCGCAGCUGUGCGAGCAAGUGCGUGAGCAAAGCCUCGGUGGCAAGAAAACCUAUGAUCUCGGAAGAGGACAAAACGUCCACCCACCGGCGCUUCUGUUGCCGGCGGGCACAGUGAAGCUGUUCUCGUGCAUGGGACAAGCAGCUCCAAGCUGCAGCGAGACUAUUCGAACACAAUGGCACUACAAGCAGAGCCAGGUAAGCAUGAAAGGCUACAGCCUUGCCUUCUCCAUAAAGACCUUGCUGGGGCAAGCGAGCAAUGGCACCUCGCUGAGCUUGUUGAUGGAGAUCCGAAGGAACCUGACCAAACAGAAUGCCGAGCGAUUCGACGAGGACGCUGCGCGGGAGGUCUGGCGACUGCCGGAGCCGUCAGGUGACCUUCUCGCCACACUGGCAGUCCUGGACGAGGAAAUGCCCGUGCUCCUGGCAGAAGCUCUGAUGAAGAGCCCGUUGGGCACGAUGCCACCCGUGACACCGCAGGUGCAGGCGGCCUUCGGUAACCUGACGAAGCUGCUGGUGUCCCUGGAGGAUGCGGCGCAGCUCGGGCAGCUGGGAGCGCUGGCGCAGCUCGCGCCGAAGCUGCGAGUGCUCACGAUCUCCUGCGCUCUGUGCCCGGUGGACCGCAAAUUCCCGGAGCCCGAGGCUCUGCGGUCCUUCGAGCGCCUCAGCGCUCUCGAGAAGUUGGCGCUCACCCGCUUCCGGCUCUGGACUCUUCGAGAUCAGGCCUUCGGAAGCCUCGGAGGGCUGAAGUGGUUGAAUCUGUACGGCAACCAACUCCAGAGCCUGGAGCCCGGCGCUUUCCAGGGGCUCCAAGAGCUGAAGGGGUUGUAUCUGUCCGACAACCAACUCCAGAGCCUGGAGCCCGGCGCUUUCCAGGGGCUGGGAGGGCUGAAGAAGUUGGAUCUGGGCUUCAACCACCUCCGCAGCCUGAAGCCGGGCGCUUUCCAGGGGCUCAAAGGGCUGAAGGAGUUGGAUCUGGGCGUCAACCACCUCCAGAGCCUGGAGCCCAACGCUUUCCAGGGGCUCAAAGGGCUGAAGGAGUUGGUUCUGGAGGGCAACCCGCUGCAAACCCCCCCAGCGAUCUGCAAGGAAGAGGGCCGGAAGUCGGGGGAAGCCUCGACCAAGGGCUCCGAGAGUGGGCCGUUACCCGUCAGGAGUCUCGGGGGCUCAGCGGUUUUGUUCUUGGAUCUUCUGGGUCUCAUGGAUGUCCUCGCCGGCCGUGUGGCUUUGGUCACUGGCGGCGGCAGCGGCAUCGGCUUCGAGGCUUGGGAUUUAGAAGGCGCGCACAACGAGAAACUUUGUCAAACGGGAUUGAAGCAAGGGGCUGAUGCAGGCUUGCGUGUCAUUGUAGGGAUGCAAGCAGAAGACAUGGCAUGCCGAGCCACCAGCACGGGAGGAGCUUUGGUUCCCGCUGCUUCAGCCUGCGGCAUCGGACCAGAAGGGACCUCCCAGGAGGAGUGCCCAGAGAUCUGCACUUCGCCUUCGGGCCGCAGUGGUUCCUACGAGCUGCACGGAGAAGCCGCCAGAAGCCUUGGAAAGGCCAAGUACUUCGUGAGCGCCAACUGUGCAGAUGCCUCGGCCGAUUCUAGCCCAAAGGCCAACGUGGUGCCCUGGAUCGACGCCGAGGACCCGGUGAAUGGCUCCUUCGUGGCAAUCUUCGUAGACCCCGUCCUUAUUAACAAGAUUCGUGCUGGGACGUCGGACAAAGCCAAGCUCUGUGCAGCUCAGAGCGACGAUGCCCUUUGCGUUUGCAAGCUGAGUGGCGAACGGCCGCUGGGCGUGCUGGGACGCAUGUUGGCGGCACUCCCCCACUCCAAGAAAGCGCAGGCGCUGCAGAUCUCUAUGGAGAACUGCCCGGAGGGGGUGCCGGACCUCCUGGCUGGCACGGUGCUGGCAAGCCUCGUGCUGAUUCUUGGGGCAUCCGUCUGGAUGGCGUGCAUAUCUGCGGCAAGCGACAGGCUGGAGGAACCCGAGCCGGCGACGCUGAAUCAGAGUUUUGUCAGGGUGAAGAGCCCGAUGCAGAACUUCCUCAGCAGCUUCUCCUGGGCAGCCGGCUUUCUCCUCUCCUUGAUGGCCUUGCAAACGGGAGCUUUGGCAGUGGUCCGGAAGUCCUCCGAAGAGGAGGCCCCCGUGUGGAUCGUCGCAGCCUGCCCUGCCGCCCUGGCGCUUGCGGCUGCCCUGCGCCUGUCGCAGCUUCUCGUGAAGAAGCAGUUGGUGCACGCGUUCCUGAAGUGGGACGUGAUCAUCACCGAUUUGCCGGAUGACGUUAUCCUCGACGCCGUGCUCGUGGUCGCAAUCCUGGCGUACUUCCUCUUCAUUCUCUACCUCGUAAGCAUCGACCUGCAGACACUGGUGGUCGCCUUGACAGCUCUGGGCAGCGCAUUGUGGACCGUCCUCAAGGCCGUUAGCACUGCGCGGGACCUGGACAAUAGUCUCGAGACCGUGGAGAUGGGCUCUUCAUGCCUGGUAGCCGGCACGGUAAGGCUCGAAAUGAAGCCACUGCCCUGGGCCACGCUGCUGGCGCUCAAGGAACCGCAGGAGCUUCGCAAGCUCUUGGAGUCGGACUUUGGUACCGGAUCCACGUUGCCUUCCUCGACUGCAUCGUCCCGCAGUUGGAGCUUGACAUCCGUGGCUCGGCAGGGGCCCCUGCUCCGUUUCUUGAGCCGCUCCUAUGCCGGCUUCCUCGUGUUGCCAGCCUUCCUGGCCCUGGUGGCGUUCUCGUGCUGCGUCUCCGCCGGGCACAUGACGGCCUACGCGUGUUCGGUCGGGGAGCUCGCGGACCUGAAGCUGGCCAGCUCCUUGCACUCCCUGGAGUUCUUGCCGUGGCAGACCCGUUACGAAGUCACAAGCGACGUCUCCUUCACGAAACUGGCCCUGAUGGCUUGGGUCCAGCCCUCUACCACGCGCCUUAUCUCCAUCACCCAGCCGCAAGCCGCCAGCAUGCCACCCUCCAGCCCACGUGUCAUUGCGGUUGACGAGAAGCAGGGCGCGGCAGUCGAAGAGAUCCAGCUGUCGCACCGGCAAAUCCCGCGUGUGGCCACCAUCCGCGUCCAGGGCCUCCGUCCUUCUCGCCGCGAAACCACGUAUGAAGUGCGCUUCUCGCCAUCGGCGACGAUGCCGGCAGCCCUCCGGAUCACCGCCCAGGAGUUCCAGAGAACCAUCGCCUGGUCUUCCUUGCCCGGAUCGGUCUUCAGCAUCCCAGAAGGUCUCCAAGACUUUCGCUUCGAAGUGCAGCUUGCCGACUUCCUCCUGGGCCUGCCGUGGCCCCGCAGCCACGGACCCGCUGCUCUGGGGCAGCUUUGGACGACUUACCGGGACCGCCCGAACGCGACGGUGCAGAGCUGCUCUGCGGACUGUGGCCACGACCUGGCAUGCCUCGAGUCCUACGUCGGACCAGGAGGCUGUUACGCGGUCCUUGCCGACAGGAAAGGCUUGGAAGCGGGCGACCUCCCCCAGAAUCUCUCAACCUCACUGAAAGCUGCAGAGCAGAAUCUCACGGGCCGCUUGAGCGGGUGUCGGCUGGAGGAGGUGCGAGCCGCUGGAGAGGCAGAGGAGGCCAAGCGAGGCAAGACGACUCAGUGCAGGGACGACGUGGAGAUGAAGCCGGGCCAACUCCAGCUCCCCUUCGGCAGAGUGCAGCCAGACUGGGCCUUCCACCUCGCUACCCUCAGCUUCGCAUUGGAGCUGGAGACGGGAGGCCAAAAGUUCGAGGCGGAGGCCACGCCCAUCUUUUUCAGGCAGGGGUCGCCACCUCCAAGCGACGCGAUGGCCAUGCUCGUAGGACAGAACGCCAGCGGCAGCUUCGUGCUGAAGACCGAGAGCUCCCUGGACGUGCAGGGAAACGUGGUCAUCUCCGUCUCGAAGUACGACCCGCUUGCCUUUGACACGCUUCGCUUGCUCGUGAUGCCGAUGCUGCCGGACCCGGCCUUCCGCGCCAACUGGUCCGAAUGGUCUCCAGCCACUAAGGCAGACCUGCAGCUCCUGCAAGGGCACGGGCGCUGCUUGGAGAGCGGUUUGGUUAGGUGGCGCUACAGCAUCUGUGGUGCCUACCACGGCUCGAACGACAGCUCAGCCCUCGGAGAUGAACCCCUUUCGGUGCAGAUUACCCCAAUCCAGGGCCAGAUGGAGGCCGCUUCCCAGUUCACAGUGGUGGUCCGCCAGAAGGCGCGGGAGUGGGGGUUUUCGUCCUCACAAUGGCACACCGUGGUCAUGCAGUACGAGGCGGUUGAUAGCCCAGCUGCCUGGGCAGCUCAGCUGCACGGAUGUUCGCUCCUGAAUGUGAGCACCAUAGCCGAAGGCGCCGUCCUUGCGUCCGCGGACGGGCUAUGUGAGCUGCUCCCAACUUGCCAUGGGCAGCUGUGCAAGCAAGUGCGUGAGCAAAGCCUCGGUGGAACGAAAACCAUUGACAUGGCGUCAGGGCAAGAAGUCCACCCACCUCCCCUGCUGUCGCCAGCCGGCACGGUGAAGCUGCUAGCCUGCAUGGGACAAGCAGCUCCAAGCUGCAGCGAGACUAUUCGAACACAGUGGCACUACAAGCAGAGCCAGUUAGGCAUGGAAGGCUACAGCCUUGCAUUCUCGGUCAAGACCUUGCUGGACCAAGCGAGCAGUAGCACCGCGCUGAGCUUGCUGAAGGACAUCCGCAGCAACCUUAACCAAGAGGACGCCGGGCGAUUCGACGUGGACGCUGUGCGGGAGGUCUGGCGACUGCCGGAUUCUUCAGGUGACCUUCUCUCCACACUGGCAGUCCUGGACGAGAAAAUGCCCCAGCGCCUGGCAGAAGCUCUGGUGAAGAGUCCGUUGGGCACGAUGCCACACGUGACACCGCAGGUGCAGGUGGCCUUCGCCGACCUGACGAAGAUGCAGGUGUCCCUGGAGGAUGCGGCCCAGCUCGGGCAGCUGGGCGCGCUGGCGCAGCUCGCGCCGAAGCUGCGAGUGCUCCAGAUCUCCUGCACUCUGUGCCCGGCGGACCGCAAAAUCCCGGAGCCCGAAACUCUGCGGUCCUUCGAGCGCCUCAGCGCUCUCGGCGCGUUGCGGCUCAGCAAGUUCCGGCUCUUGACUCUUCGAGCGAAGGCUUUCGGAAGCCUCGGAGAGCUGAAGGGGUUGCGUCUGACCGGCAACCAACUCCGGGGCCUCCAGCCCGGCGCGUUCCAGGGGCUCAAAGAGCUGAAGACGUUGUCUCUGUACGGCAACCAACUUCAGAGCCUGGAGCCGGGCGCGUUCCAGGGGCUGGAAGGGCUGAAGGUGUUGGUUCUGGAGGGCAACCCGCUGCAAACCCCCCCAGCGAUCUGCAAGCAAGGAGUGGAAUGCGACAUUUGA